AGCGUCAACCUGAGUUGGUCGCAUUUGUUGUUAGCGCUUUGGCGGCGUCCGUUUAUCGUUUAUAUAUUUCGCCCCCGCCGCUUUGUGUUUUCAUUUUCUGUGCUACUCUGCCUCCGCCUGCUGCAAUGGAUAAAUAAUUUGUGCGGCAUUUCCAUUUCAUCUCGAUUUUGCGCACAACAAUGACAAAGAGUGGUGCUAAACUAUUGAAAACUUUAUAAAUGCAUUAACAAAUGCAAUGUGUGCUUAGGCGGUUCAUGAGAAUUUGACAUUUAAGUGUAUGUUGUUGUUGUUGCUGUUACUGUUGUUGUCGCUGUUGUGGAUACGGUUGCCCGCUACUCAUAGAAAGAAAAACAGUAAACAGCAACAACAACAUCAACAGCUCGCGGCGUCGUUUUUGGCGUCGGCGUUGGCGUUGUUGUGGCCAUCGAAGUUGGUUUGUUUUUGUGAACUAAAUUCGCGGACGCACCCACCAAGCCCAAAACCCCAAUUACAAUUUGCUGUAUAAGAUUGUGUGAUUGCAAAUAUUGCUUGUACACAUAUACAGGCUCUUGUUGCUGUAACUGCUGCUGUUGGUGCUGCUGCUUCUCUUGUUGUGGGUUGGCGGGCGCGCGCGCCGUGUGUAGCGUUCACUAGCCGGUUUCUCGUGGCGCGAGUUAAUUGACAAAAAAGAAAAACCAAAGCCUAAAGCGUAUAAGCAAAUGUAAUAAAGCAUACAACAAGGCAACAAGCGGAAUUGGAAUAUGCUGUAAAUACGAGUAUCCUUGUGUGUGUAAUAAUCACAAGCAUAUUUUGCGAGCUGAUAGCAUCCCGACCCUCAUUAUCACACACUCGAACAUGGCAGCUACUCAAUAGAUGAAGUACCAUUGUUCUAAAAUUAGCCGAUUAGCAUUUCCUGGGCCACAAUUCCCAAAACCACCAAAGCCGACAAGCAGAUCAGCUGUCCAUUAACGUUACUAUUACUACAACAACAAAAAAAGACGAGAGCAUGUGUCACAGUCAGCUGCUCCCUCACCCUACAACGCCGACCGCGCUACUGCUGCUCUGCUGCUGUUGGCUCCUCCUGCUACUGGCCAACCAGUCAGCCAAAGCCCACAACUGCCAGCAUCAACAUCCUAAGGCGCACGAGGUCGUACACGGCGUGCGCAUUCAGCUGGCUGGCGAUGACGAUUUAACGGAUGGUACUGAAGCAUCGGCUCUGCAUGGACGGCGCAGGCGCAGCGUGGCGGAGCAGCCACUCCGUAUUUUGCUCGUCUACGAUGACUCCGUUUACAGAUUGGAGGAGGAGAAAUUCAAUUUAAUUAAUGACACCGUGCUGCCUGAGGCUGUACAAUUCUGGGAGCAGGCGCUGAUGGUACGCGAAACGAAAGGAAUUAUCCGUCUUAAUCGCAAAUGCGACAGCACGCAGGUCUACGUGAAGAAUGGACAUACUCAUUGCAUAGAUCAGUGCAAGGCCACGACGAUGUGCGGCGAGGUGCAGGUGCCCAAUGAGCAUCUGGACGUUUGUCGUGUCUGUAAUGCUACGGGCCAGAAUUGUCGCAUCGACAGCAACACACAACCGGGCGAUGGCAUCGAGAAUGCAGACUUCGUCUUCUACGUGUCGGCACGACAGACCCAGCGCUGCUAUAAGGGUCUGACUGUGGCCUAUGCAGCGCAUUGUCAACAGGAGGCGACGCUGGAUAGACCCAUAGCUGGGCAUGCUAACUUAUGCCCGGAGAGCAUUAGCACAAAGCCGCAGGAACUGCAGACCCUGAUCUCCACCGUCAAGCAUGAGAUACUUCACGCAUUGGGCUUUUCGGUCAGCCUAUAUGCGUUCUUUCGCGACGAUGAGGGACGACCGCGCACUCCUCGAAAGGCGGACACGGGAAAGCCCUAUUUGAAUGAAAAAUUGCAGAUCCACCAGUGGAGCAAUGAGACCAUUCGCAAGGUAGUACGCGAGAAUUGGUCUGUGCGCGGGGGCCAUGUGAACAAAACGGUGGACAUGUUGGUUACGCCACGCGUUGUGGCCGAGGUUCGCGCGCAUUUUAAUUGCGACAAGUUGGAGGGUGCCGAGCUGGAGGAUCAGGGUGGUGAGGGCACUGCUUUAACUCAUUGGGAGAAGCGUAUACUGGAGAACGAGGCUAUGACGGGCACGCACACACAAUCCCCGGUCUUUUCUCGAAUAACUCUGGCUUUGAUGGAGGACUCGGGCUGGUAUCGCGCAAACUACUCCAUGGCUACGCCCCUGACCUGGGGAAAGGGUCUUGGCUGCUUAUUUGUAAUGCGAAGCUGCAAGGAUUGGAUACAAAUGAAUCAUGGUCGUGGUCGAUCCAUCCAUCCGUUCUGCUCCAAAGUCAAACAGGAUCCACUGCAAACCGAAUGCACCGAUGAUCGCAAUUCCGUUGCCCUCUGCAAUCUUAUACGGCAUGAGUACGAACUGCCGCAAGCAUAUCAAAAUUUUGAUAGUCUGAACAAUGUGAAGGAGGGCGAGGAAGGCUAUUAUGGUGGCUCGGUUUCCCUGGCCGACCACUGCCCCUACAUACAGGAGUUCACGUGGCGCAGCAAAAACGUGAUUGUGCGCGGCUCCCAUUGUAACUUCAUGGAGAACAAUCCCAAACCCGAAAAGAACUUUGCUCUGGAGAGUUACGGCCAGGGAUCCAAGUGUUUCGACCACAGUGAGUCCAUGUGGGAGGAGCGUUCGUGCCAUCAGACUCGGGAGUGGCAGCACUGGGGCUCCGGCUGCUACAAAUACAACUGCAGCGAUGGACGCCUGCAUAUACUCGUCGGAAACUAUACCUAUAAAUGCUCGUUUCCCGGCCAGAAGCUAUCGAUUCGCAUUACCGCCAACGGCUGGCUGCACAAAGGCGCCAUCAUCUGUCCACCCUGCCAUGAACUGUGCGACGAACACUUUGCCGCAGCUGGCAAACAAUGUCGACCCGGCGAGGAACCGGAUCCGCUCAAUAAGUACCCGCGCGACAAUUUGUCCUGUGGUGCGGGUACAGCUAGGAAUGCGUUGCUCCAAUUUUUCGUGGCCAUAGGCAGCUUGGCGCUGUUGCUAUUUAGGUUAGGUGGGCGGUAUAGCUAAGCCGACCCUGUGGGACUCAAAACUAGGCGCACUUUUAUAUACCUAUGUAUACUAUGUACACCUGAGCACUGUGAUUCCUAAUUCAAUUUGGUUCCAUUUAUUCGAUAUAUUCUAAUGAUCUUGAGAAAGAAAAUGAUAAAAUAUUCAAAGAGUAACUCAGAUACGCAAUUUUCCAAAGCAUUCUAAAAUUGAUUUUGGAAUUGUAGUGCUCCAUAUGUUUAGCGAAUUUUUGUAAAUUGUAAACUGUACAAUAAGCUCAAGUUAUUUAGAUGUAAGCACAGACCCAACCUAUUUGUAGCUGCUAUGCAUAUUAUGUGUAUUGUGUCCAUCCCGAUAUGUGAUCUUUGCUAGGUUUUUUUUAUCGCUGAUCUAUACAUUCCAAAGUGAAGCUAUUGAAACUUUGAUAUAUUAUUAUAAUUCCUUUUUUGUUUUUGGUAGUUAAAAAAAAGCUUUUGUACAAAGAAAUUUUGUUAUUUAUUUUGUCGAAAUUCGUUGAUUAUCUUGUGAUUUAUGGUUUGGGUUAUAUACAUAUGUAAAAAUAGUCGACAUCGGAUUUAAACUAUGAAACAAAACGAGACCGGUUAUAUAUUUAGGAUGUUUAUACAAACUUAUAAGCCAUUUUAAUUUUGUAAAACUGUCAUAAUUUGAUCAAAUCAAUUAGGCAAUUUCUUUCUCUAGAAAUUGGCAUUUCGUUAUAAUGAUUUAUAAGUUAAAACUGCUUAGGAACGGAUAGUACACACUUCUAUACCCUUUUUCAAUUGUUAAGCUCAUUUUUGCUGCAGGCCCUAUAAUAUCAGCUGCCUAUAAAGCAUUUAAGUGUAUUUUUUCCGCAAAUAUACGAAUUUUUACUAGCCUGUAAGCUGGGAAAAAACUUGAAA